CAUAUGACCUCUGAGAACCUGUUCACUAUUACUAAUUGCUUUGAUCUGUGUGAGUUGGUUGGUGCCAGUAUUAGUGAUGAUAUCUGAGUGAACUCUAUUUAUAUCUGUACUUAGCAACUUCCCCUAGUUGAAUUGCAUAUUUUAUUCCAGUGGGUGGGGAUUGAAGGAUUGAAUAAAUCUAGGAAUAAGUGUAGAGCAGCCCAGUAGUCCACCACUAUUCUCAGUUCUCAGAAAACUUUGUUUGGAAUUUUAAGAUUCAAUGUAUGUAAACAAGUGAAUUACCAUGGAAUAAUUCAGCAUUAAAAAUAAGUUUCGGAUUGUUAAGAGGGCACUAAGUGCCAUUUGUCAAAAUUUUUGGCACUCUGGAAUAUCUCAAACAUGCUAAGGAUGCUGGUAGAGGGCAUUACUCUGUGUGUGUGUGAGUGUGAGUGUGAGUGUGAGAGUGCCCUUCUCCUUGCCCCAAACUCAUCCCACCAAACAAUGCUUUGAAAUGUGACCUCGGCAGUAUCUUUCCAAUGGGAACUUAGGAGCUGUGGAAUAACAAGUAGACUAUGGAAUCUUCUCAGUAUUCCCUGAUAAAAUAAAAAUUUGUGUUAUUGGAAGGUAGAUGUAGGGCAAUUUUCUCACAAAUGCCUGAAUUCAGUUGGCUUUUUAAAGUGAUAGAAGGGAGUUUUUUUUUUUUUUUAAUAAGAAAUCCUUGAAUAAUGAAUGAAUACGCCUAUGGAUAAAGCAGGUUCCAAGCUCCAGUGAGUGGCUUUAGGGAGAUAUAAAAGAUAUAAAGUCAGGUGUCCUUGCCCUUGGGGAGGGAGGUGGUUUAUAAAUGGGAAAACAAACUAUUAUUAUAACCUUUAACAUUUAGGAAAGAGUAUAUAAACAAAACCAAGUUUAAUGUGCUACAAUUAAUGUAUGUAAGGGCUGAGAAAACGAAGUAACAAAGUAGGAAUCAAUGAAAUAAAUUAGAGAAGAUUAAUAAAUCAGAUUUUGAAGUGGACUUGUGAGACUAUGGGUUAGUCAGAGGUAUGGGCUCUGUAGUUAGAUCUUGAUUCAGAUAUAGGUGUGACUUUUUUUUUACGAUGUGACCUUGGAUGAAUUACGUUUCUUAUCCAUGAGUAAAUGGUUAUUGUGUUGGGAAUAAAGGAAGAGAAAGGAUCUUCCAAACAGAAAGUAUAGAAUGUGCAGUCUGCAGUGAUGGUAUGAAUGACUGAGUUGUGGAGGUGGGGAAUAAAUGAGAGUGACUGGAUAGAAUAUUGGUUAGUCAAGUCAUGGACAGAGCAAGCAAGAGAGUGGAGGGGCCUCAGAGGCCAGACUUUGUUGGAUGUUGAUAGAAGGGUCAAUAGGCUCAUUGUAGGUCUUUGAACAAAGGAUGGAUUUAGUGAGAAGUAUUGAGCCCUUUGGUGCAGGAACUCAGGGAUGAGGAAUCAGGCAGGCACCAGUACAUUUGUGACUCUUCUGUACCAUCCUGGCCCAAAGGGAUGUAUCCAGGAGACUUAAGAUUCCCUGUAGAAGAUUUUAUAUUUACACAUCUUACUAUGCUGAGCUUUGCUUAUGCCUAUCUCGUAGUUCACCAACCUGUGUGGAAGUCUCAAGACUAUGGCUGGAGUCUCCUCAAGAGCUUAUGGUAGAGGCCUGAAUAUUGAUCUGUGUUCUCCCUACAUCCAUCUGCCUGAAAGUACUUGAUGAUCACAUGACCCUGGACAUGGAUGCUGUCCUGUCGGAUUUUGUCCGUUCCACAGGAGCAGAGCCAGGGCUAGCCCGAGAUCUCUUGGAAGGAAAGAACUGGGAUGUGAGUGCUGCCCUCAGUGAUUUUGAACAGCUACGUCAAGUUCAUGCUGGGAACCUACCACCACCUUUCAGUGAAGGGAGUGGUGGCUCCAGGACCUCUGAGAAAGGCUUUUCUGAUAAAGAGUCAACUCGCCCUCCCCGACCUGUCCUACAGCGGCAGGAUGACAUCAUUCAAGAAAAACGCCUGUCUAGGGGCAUCUCUCACGCCAGCUCCAGCAUUGUUUCCCUGGCCCGGUCCCAUGUCUCCUCCAAUGGUGGGGGUGGGGGGAGCAGUGAGCACCCCCUGGAAAUGCCCAUCUGUGCCUUCCAGCUUCCAGAUCUCACUGUGUACAAUGAAGAUUUUCGCAGCUUCAUAGAGAGAGACCUCAUUGAACAGUCCAUGCUGGUUGCCUUGGAACAGGCAGGGCGUUUAAACUGGUGGGUGAGUGUGGACCCCACCUGUCAGAGGCUGCUUCCUUUGGCAACUACUGGAGAUGGAAACUGCCUCCUGCAUGCAGCCUCUCUUGGGAUGUGGGGGUUCCAUGAUCGGGACUUGAUGCUACGGAAAGCUUUGUAUGCACUGAUGGAGAAGGGAGUGGAGAAAGAGGCGUUGAAAAGGCGCUGGCGAUGGCAGCAAACACAGCAGAAUAAAGAGUCAGGGCUGGUGUACACAGAGGAAGAAUGGCAGAAGGAAUGGAAUGAACUGAUCAAACUUGCUUCAAGUGAACCCCGAAUGCAUCUAGGUACCAAUGGAACCAACUGUGGUGGGGUGGAAAGUUCAGAAGAGCCUGUGUAUGAGAGCCUAGAAGAGUUCCACGUCUUUGUCCUUGCUCAUGUGCUUAGGAGGCCCAUAGUUGUUGUAGCAGACACCAUGCUGAGAGACUCUGGAGGGGAAGCUUUUGCCCCUAUUCCCUUUGGGGGAAUCUAUCUGCCGUUGGAGGUCCCAGUCAACCAGUGUCACCGCUCCCCUCUGGUGCUCGCCUAUGAUCAGGCCCACUUCUCUGCACUUGUGUCCAUGGAGCAGAAGGAGAAUGCCAAAGAACAAGCUGUGAUCCCACUUACAGAUUCAGAGCAUAAGCUGCUGCCCUUGCACUUUUCUGUGGACCCUGGAAAGGGCUGGGAGUGGGGAAGAGAUGACAAUGACAACAUCCGAUUGGCCAGUGUAAUUCUGUCCCUGGAGGUCAAAUUGCACCUGCUGCAUAGCUACAUGAAUGUGAAGUGGAUCCCACUGUCCUCAGAUGCACAGGCUCCUUUGGCCCAGCCUGAGUCCCCCACAGCAUCAGCUGGUGAUGAGCCCCGGUCAACUCCUGAGUCUGGGGAAUCAGACAAGGAGUCAGUUGGCAGCAGUUCUACUAGCAACGAGGGCAGCAGGCGGAAAGAGAAGUCCAAGAGAGAUCGGGAGAAGGACAAAAGGAGAGCAGAUUCUGUGGCUAACAAACUGGGCAGCUUUGGCAAGACCUUGGGCAGCAAGCUCAAGAAAAACAUGGGCGGCCUGAUGCACAGCAAGGGGUCUAAGCCGGGAGGGGCAGGGACAGGGUCAGGGGUGAGCAGUGGCACUGAGACACUGGAGAAGAAAAAGAAAAACUCACUAAAGAGCUGGAAAGGUGGCAAGGAAGAGGCAGCUGGGGAUGGGCCUGCAUCUGAGAAGGCCACAGCUGAGUCUGUUGGUAAUGGAGGGAGCAAGUAUAGCCGGGAGGUGACGCAAAGCCUGAGCAUCAUGAGGACUGCAAUGCAAGGGGAGGGGAAGUUUAUUUUUGUUGGAACCCUGAAGAUGGGUCAUCGUCACCAAUAUCAGGAGGAGAUGAUCCAGCGCUAUCUUUCUGAUGCUGAGGAGAGAUUCCUGGCAGAACAGAAGCAGAAGGAGGCAGAGAGGAAGGUCAUGAAUGGAGUAGUAGGGAGUGGGCCUCCUCCAGCCAAAAAGCCAGAGCCAGAUGUCGGGGAGGAGCAGCUGACUGCCCCCCCAGCAGAGUCCAAGACAAUGGCAUUCUCUACUGGUUAUCCUGGGGGCUUUACUAUCCCUCGACCUUCUGGGAGUGGAGUCCACUGCCAGGAACCCCGGAGGCAGCUGGCAGGGGGUCCAUGUGGGGGGGGCCUACCACCAUAUGCCACCUUCCCCAGACAGUGCCCUCCUGGGCGACCCUACCCCCACCAGGACAGCAUCCCUUCUCUGGAGCCAGGCAGUCACUCCAAGGAUGGAGUUCACAGGGGUGCAUUGUUACCAUCCCCCUUCCGUGUGGCUGAUUCCUAUAGCAACGGCUAUAGAGAGCCCCCUGAGCCAGAUGGAUGGGCUGGAGGUCCCCAGGGGCUUCCCCCAACCCAAACCAAGUGCAAACAACCGAACUGCAGCUUCUACGGACACCCCGAGACAAACAACUUUUGUUCCUGCUGUUACAGGGAAGAACUGAGGAGACGGGAACGUGAACCGGGUGGGGAGCUACUGGUGCACAGGUUCUGA